CUUUCUAAUGAACUGUUGCUAACAAUGAUAAGCGAAGGGAAUUCUAGGGAAGCUGAAAUGCUGACCCAACUUGACGAUAUUUUGCCGCAAUAUCGGCGCAACGCACAUGGCAUAUUCUUCCACGGAUUACGCGGUCAAAAUAUGCAGAAAAACGAUUCGCCGUCGUGGUAUAAUCCUUACGAAGCGAAGAUGGUUUUUCUGAUGACAAGUAAAUUGUACGGUAAGAACAUUAGACCGAAAUCAAUUGGCAUCAUAACUCCAUUCAUAGGGCAAGUGGAACAUUUACCCAAACUUUUCGAUGAUGCCACCGUAACAGCACCUAAUAUAGGUACCGUGGAGGAAUUCCAAGGAGAGGAACGCGACAUAAUAUUAAUCUCAACAGUGAGAUCAAGCAAGGAGCAUAUACCUAGCGAUUUGCGUCAUGGAUUAGGUUUCAUCCAAAACAGGAAACUAACUAACCUCGCCAUAACUCGACCUCGUUAUCUGCUUGUAGUAUACGGCAACGCCGACCUACUCGUUUUGGAUCCUCGUUGGCGCAUGAUUAUCAAGCACUGCGUCGACAAUGAUGCCAUUUCUCUCGUUACACUAGUUUCUACUCCUAUUCCUGCAAUUCGUUGUCUGUCUUUUUAACUAUACACCACAUGUAAUGUCUAUGAAAAAAUUAAAGAUAAUAAGGCAAUAUUUCAACAGGACUUGGCUGUACGGGCGAUAAAAUCUGCAAGAAUUCUAAAACUUAAACUGGCCAUAAGAUUGAUGAGGAAAACUUACGCUGUGAAACUAAUCGAAACCUUGUUUAAAGAUUCACAUGACCACUAUACAUGGGUCCAUAUUCAUACAUAUAUAUCCAUAUUCCCUGAAAGUUGUAAUAAAACAAAAAAUGAACGCUUUAGAAAUUUCGGAUGCUAUUUAUACUGAAAGAAAUAUGGCGUAAAGACAAUUUACAAAAGCAUCUCAAACAAACGCUUUCAUUUGGAUCAGUCAACGCAUAGCAAUUUAAGCCGUUCUCUUGCAAGACCUGGAAGAGAAGGUUUCUCACUAAAUAUAACUCUAAAUGCUCAGUGUUUAAAAAAUGGU